AUGGGGUCCAUGGGUUCCCUCCUCCGCAAACUGGGUGAGAUUAUCAAGGAGAAGUACAACCUACACAAGGGAGUUCAGAAAAAGGUCAAGUCCUUUUCUACCCAGCUGACCAUUAUGCGCGCUGCCCUUGGCAAGGUGGCAGAGGUGCCGCCAGAUCAGCUCGACGACCAGGUCAAGUUUUGGGCUAAUGAAGUUAGGGAGCUGGCUUAUGACAUGGAGGAUGUCAUCGACUCUCUCCUGGUGCGUGUUGAGGGUUGUGAGCCCAAUGCUGAUCAGGCCAGCUUCAAGAAGCUCAUGGCCAGGAUGGCAAAUCUAUUCAAAAAGGGCAAGUCUUGCCAUGACAUUGUCACAGCAGUCGAAGAAAUCCAUGAGCGGUUGCAAGAUGUCUCUAGCCGACACAAAAGGUAUAAUCUUGCUAACCUACAUGCAGCCACAAGAACCACUGUUGACCCUUUCUUGGAGGUUCUCUAUGGAGAUAAGAAGAAUAUCAUCGGCAUUGAGAAAGCAAGAGACGAUAUUAUCAAGAAGAUCAGUGAUGGGGGUCAAUCGAUGCAGAGGCCUGAGGUUUACCCUCCUCCGAAAAGAAAAAAAAUCAUUGAGGGGGGGCGUGUGUCCAAGGAGCAACUCAAGAUACUUUCUAUUGUUGGAUUUGGAGGAGUGGGCAAGACUACACUUGCCAGAGAAGUAUAUGAUGCCCUUCCAACAAAAUUUGAUUACAGAGCUUUUGUGUCCGUGUCUCGGAAUCCCGACAUGAAGAAAGUACUAAGCAAUCUUCUCUUUAAACUUGACAACAGAAGACAUGCUAAUCUGAAUGCAGCAAACUUGGAUGUAGAACAGCUCAUUAUCCUAGUCCGAGAAUUGCUUAGCAAGAAAAGGUACUUUAUAAUUAUCGAUGAUUUAUGGAAUAAAGAAGCGUGGACAACAAUCAGAUAUGCACUUAAUGAUGAUGAGUGUGGAAGUAUAAUAAUCACUACAACCCGCCUUAUGGAUGUCUCAAAAGUUUGCUGCUCUUCUAAAGACGAUAUGAUUCAUAAGAUGAAAUCUCUCUCUCUGGAUGACUCCCAAAAACUUUUCCAUCGAAGAAUAUUUUCAUGUGAGGUGUGUCCUUCUAGAUUGGAGCAAGUAUCCAGAAAGAUCUUGAAGAAAUGUGCUGGGGUGCCAUUAGCCAUAAUUAGCCUGGCUAGUUAUUUAGCUAAUAACCAGAGGUUCAACCAAAUUGACCAAUGGUAUGUUUUGCUCAACUCUGUUGGCCGUGGACUUGAAAAAGGUGAUGAUCAUGUGAAGGAAAUGAAGAGAAUACUAUCAUUGAGCUUUUAUGAUCUCCCUUCUUAUUUGAAGACUUGCUUUUUAUACCUAAGUAUCUUUCCAGAAGAUCAUCAAAUUGGCAGAGAUCGGUUAAUAAGGAGAUGGGCAUGCGAAGGUUUUAUCCAAGUAGAAAAUGAAACAACCAGCCUACUUGAGCUUGGAGAUAGUUACUUCAACCAGCUAGUAAACAGGAACAUGAUCGAGCCGAUUAUACAUGAUGACGGCAGCGUGGAAGCUUGUUGUGUACAUGACUUAAUGCUUGAUCUUAUAUGUGAAGUAUCAAGCAAAGAAAACUUUGUUACUAUAUUGGAUUUUAUUGAGGGAGACACACCUUCGGGAAAGAAGUUCCGCAGAUUGUCCUUGCAAAAGGGCAUGACAGAUCUCACCACUACUCGGAUGGCUAACACAAGCAUGUCACAAGUGAGGUCUUUUACCGCUUUUAGUCCCACUGUCAGUAAGAUUCCCUCUCUUUAUAGAUUUCAAGUUUUGCGUGUAUUGGAUCUGGAAGGUUGCGAUCUUCGAAAAAGCCCUGGCAUUGAUCUUAGGCAUGUUGAGAAGUUGUUACAUUUGAGAUACCUAGGGUUAAGAGGUACAAAGGUUGGGAAGCUCCCGAUGGACAUAGGAAAGCUACAGUUUUUGCAGACACUAGACUUGCAAUGGACCAAUUCAAAAGAGUUGGCGUCCAGUGUUGUUCAGCUGAGGCAUUUGGUGUGCCUAAUCCUUGAUUUAGGUAUGCCACUACCAAACGGGUUCAGCAACCUGAAAUGCCUUGAACAGCUGACAGGACAUGGAGUGGGCAUUUUUACUGCAGACAGCGCAAAAGAGCUGGGGUGUCUCAUCGGGCUAAGGGAGCUGGCCUUUAAAUGGGAUCUAUGGCUGAAUCCGGAUGAUCUGAGAACAACUAAAGUUUUGAUCGAGUCCCUAGGCAAGCUGCACAAACUUGAGAGUCUGGAGAUCUGCUCUAUUGGUCCUUGGGUUGUCGACCUUAUGCUGGAGCUGGAGUGGGUGCCGUCACCAAACCUCCGCAGGCUUAAAUUUGACACAUGUUUCAAGAGCUUGCCAUCUUGGAUUUGUUGUUCAUCGCUUCCCCUACUCUCCUACCUUGAUCUACCAGUUGGUAAAGUGCAAUCUGGUGAUAUUCAGAUCCUUGGAAUGCUGCCGGCUCUCCGUUAUGUCACCCUCGGCGCAGGCACCAUCGAGAGAGCAGGCAAUACAGUGGAAAAUUUGGAGCUUAGCGCUGGUGACUUCCCUAGCGCGAGAGUGUGCCUUUUCCACAAAAUAUUACUGGUGCAUCCUAAGUUCCAACCAGGAGCUAUGCCAAUGGUUCAACGCCUUCGCUUUGGUCUCCGAGUGAAUGACAUUCUCUGUCCUGAGUUCGAUUUGAGCAUAGGGAACCUUCCUUCGCUCAGGCAACUCAGAAUUGAUCUCGACAGUAGGGGAGAUAAAUAUUCUCAAGCCAUGGAUGCGCUGAGGCGUGUGGCAGAGGGCCAUCCCAAAAGCCCCACCCUUCGUGUCGAUAAAUACUGA